GCAGUUGCUAGCUAGCUGCUCUCAUAGUCUCUUAACACUUGUAAUUUCUUCAUGCGUUUACGGGAUGUCGCUGCGAACUUUACCAAUUUUAUUCCUCAAUCUCGGGGGAGAGAUGCUUUAUAUCUUGGAUCAAAGAUUACGAGCACAGUCGAUUCCCGACGAGAAGGCAAGAAAAGUUAUGCACGAUAUCAUUGGGACGAUGUUCAACAAGCGGUUUAUGGAAGAACUGUUUAAGCCGCAAGAUACUUACUCCAAGAAAGCCAUGAGGACAGUGUUUGACAGACUAGCACAUGCAUCAAUCAUGAGACUGAACUCAGCCAGCAUGGAUAAGCUGUAUGAUUUGAUGACAAUGGCUUUCAAAUAUCAGGUUUCUCUGUGUCUCCGACCCUCUGACGUUCUUUUAGUCACCUAUAAUCACAUGGAUGCAAUAAGAAGUUUUGCUUCCGAUAACCCUGCUAUCAGUAAUCAAGUAGAAAAUGUUUACAAGCUUCUAUAUGAGACAUAUGCCAAAUUGAAUGCUGGGCAAUUUCAAAUCAUACGCCAGACUCUUCUUUCGUUCUUCCAGGACAUGCAUAUUAGGGUUUCAAUUUUCUUAAAAGACAAAGUUCAAAAUGCAAAUGGAAAAUUUGUUUUACCAGCUGAUGGAGCCGUCCCCUGGGAUACUGAAGUCCCUGGGUCAAUCAGGUAUUUUAAUUCUGAGGGACAAAUCUCAAGAACAAGUCAUUUUGUGACAGGAUGCCGUCAUCAGCUCCCAGACAAGCCAGGAUCUUUUGAACUGUUAGGAGAUCGAGUGAUAAAGCUUGGAAGUAACAUGUACACAGCUUCUAAAACAGUAGACACAGUAACCAGUAGUCCUGCACCAGCAGCCAGCAUGGCCCCUUCUGCUUCAGCAAAGAAAGUACCAGGGAGCACUGUAUCUGUUGCUUCAACAUUGGAACCACAAGGUAACCCAAAUCCCCUUGCAAAAGCUGAGCUCAAUCUUUUAGCUCAUCUUGUUGGAGGAUCAAGUAAAAAGCCAGAGAAUCAGUUUAGAUUAAAUCUCUUCAAUACAGAUGAAGAAGAAGAGCAAGCAGCCAUCCAAACUCACAAAGAAGCUCCUCACAGAGUCAUCAAAAUUGAUGCUACUAAGAAGGCGCAAAGGAAGGAACUGGCUAAUCUUAUGAAUGAAUUUUCAAUUGAAGGAUCUGGAGAGCGUGAAAAAGGUGACGAACUGUUAGACUUAAUGGACCAAGCGUAGAAUAAAGUCCUUCUUAGGGAGACAUCUUAUUGGAGAAGAAACAAACAAGUGAAAAAUUUUUGUAAAUACCUUCCUUGGUUUUUAUUUAUUUGGCACUAUUUCUGAAUGAUUCAAGUAUACAAGCAGAGUAUAAAACUGUUAACGUCAACCAAGAAGGGAUGAGUUGAGGUCAACUAAAUAUUUUCAAUAGUCGUUACUUGUAAUUUUUUUGGUGUCAAUGUUUUUCGAUGAGUGCCAGCUCGAUGGCUCAAUGACUGUAUUUAUUCAGGGGCGUGGCUGACCUAUACAUACAUACGCACGCGGACACAGCGAUCAAACGUGUGCGCAUGUGGGAACAUUGUAGUGGUUAGGUGGCGUGCCUUCAGGUUGUCAGAACCAAGUUGUCUAACACGAGGUACAAACAAUUAUGCAAGCCAGUCAGUCACGGUGUUUCAAAAGCGUAUAACUUUUCUGAUAAACCUCAAAUCGGAAUGGUAGAUCAACAUGCAACAGGAUACCUGUAAUCAAAUAAACUCUUCUUUACUUUU